AUGUUACAUUUGAAGGUGUUGUGUUGGUUUGCAGCGUUCGCAGCUACAGCUCUCUCUGCUCCUGGCGGACUAGAGAAGCGAAGUUCGCGAACGAGUGCACCAAGCGGUUGUCUCAAUGUAAAAGCUGGAACUACCACCACCGGGUGGUAUGCGACACUGGGCGCUGCGAUUGCCUCGCUAUCCGGGUCAAAAUCAGCUUGCAUUUUCAUGUACAGCGGCACCUACAACGAGCAGCUCAGAAUUGACUAUGCUGGGCCAUUAACCAUCUACGGUUACACUACUGACACCGGAUCCUACAAGUCUAAUACAGUUACAAUCACACAUACAAUUUCUUCACCCCAGGCAGGUAGCCUCGAUCUGAGCAGUACACUGAACAUCGUAUCAGAUGACUUCAAGCUCUAUAAUAUCAACGUCGUCAAUGGGUACGGAAAGGGUGCACAGGCGGUGGCCCUAACUGCGAACGGCGACAGGCAGGGUUAUUAUGGAUGUCAGUUCGACGGAUAUCAAGACACUCUCUACGCCAAGUCCGGUUACCAGUACUAUUCCAAUUGCUACAUCGCCGGCGCAACCGAUUACAUCUUUGGAGACGCCUCGGCCUGGUUUGGUGAAUGCACAAUCGCGUCGAAAGCGGGAGGCGCAAUAACCGCAAGCUCACGAGAAAACGCAGACGACACGUCAUGGUAUGUCAUCGACCACAGCUCGGUCACCUCAGUAUCGGGGACGAGUCUAUCCGAGAGUGUCUACCUAGGCCGUCCAUGGCGGGUUCUGGCCAGAGUCAUCUAUCAAUACUCGGAAUUGACGGGUGUUGUAGCACCGAAAGGAUGGACGACUUUGGCAGACAAUGCUACACCCAUCUUCCAGGAAUACCAAAAUACGGGAGAUGGUUCUGGUACAUCUCAAAGAGUUACAGGGACUGUUGCCACAACUGCUGUGACAAAGAAGCAGCUCUGGCCAAAUGGAUACAGCUGGAUCGACACUAGCUAUUGA